GUACUCCUCGUCAUCGCUCAUAUCUAAAAACGCGUCGAGCAUACUCCAUAUCCGACGAAACACUCCCGCUUCCGUCCUUUACCUCUGCAAACCAAAUCAUACACACCAUCUUCUCUGUGAGCAUUGCUAUUUACGCCGUGGGUGGCAUCUCUCUUGGCGUUGGGGAGCCCUCCGGUGUUUCGGGUGUUGCUUAUGUUUGAUCGGAAGUCGGGUAAGAAGAUGAGCUUGAAGAAGACACCGGCGACGAGGACACGCGUCGGGAAAUAUGAGCUGGGGAGUACACUGGGCGAGGGCAGCUUUGCCAAGGUCAAGUUCGCAAAGAACGUCGACACCCGUGACAGCUUUGCCAUCAAAAUCCUCGACCGUGAGCAAGUCCUCCGUCACAAGAUGGUCGAACAUCUAAAAAGAGAAAUUUCGACAAUGAAGCUGAUCAAACAUCCAAAUGUGAUUAAGAUUUUUGAGGUUAUGGCAAGCAAAUCAAAGAUCUACAUCGUUCUUGAAUUUGUUGGUGGUGGCGAGCUCUUUGACAAAAUAGCCAAAAAUGGGAGACUUAAAGAGGAUGAAGCCAGGGGAUAUUUCCAACAGCUCAUUAAUGCUGUGGAUUACUGCCACAGUAGAGGCGUGUACCACAGAGAUUUGAAGCCUGAGAACCUUCUCCUAGACUCAUAUGGUGUUCUCAAAGUUUCAGAUUUUGGAUUGAGUGCAUUCUCACAGCAAGUACGGGAGGAUGGGCUGCUUCACACUACCUGUGGUACCCCCAAUUAUGUUGCUCCCGAGGUGCUAAAUGAUAAAGGUUAUGAUGGCACAGCGUCUGAUAUUUGGUCUUGUGGGGUCAUUCUCUUUGUACUUAUGGCUGGUUACUUGCCAUUUGACGAGCCAAAUCUCGUGGAAUUGUACAGAAAAAUUUGCAAGGCUGACUUCACAUGUCCAUCAUAUUUUUCAGCUGGUGCGAAGAAACUGAUCAAGCGUAUUCUUGAUCCUAACCCCCUUACACGGAUAACAAUUCCUGAAAUCUUAGAAGAUGAAUGGUUCAAGAAAAGGUACAAGCCAGCAUACUCUGAGGAGGAGCAGAAUGUAAAUCUUGAUGACGUAGAUGCUGUAUUCAAUGACUCGAAGGAAAAUCUUGUUACAGAAACGAAAGAGAAACCUGUAUCCAUGAAUGCUUUUGAGCUCAUAUCUCGGUCCCCGGGUUUCAGUCUUGAAAAUUUGUUUGAGAAGCAGAUGGGUCUUGUGAAGCGAGAAACCCGUUUCACUUCCCAGCGUCCUGCAAAUGAAAUUAUGUCUAAAAUUGAGGAAGCGGCAAAGCCCCUUGGCUUUAAUGUUCACAAGCGAAACUACAAGAUGAAGUUGCAGGGUGACAAAACUGGAAGGAAGGGCCACCUCUCAGUUGCAACUGAGGUGUUCGAGGUGGCUCCCUCCCUGCACAUGGUAGAGCUCCGGAAAACUGGCGGUGACACGUUGGAGUUUCACAAGUUCUACAAAAGCUUCUCCUCUGGAUUAAAAGAUGUAAUGUGGAACGGUGAAGAAAAUGCUGGAGGAUUGAAGUAAUCUCUCUGUCCCCCCUCUCUCUCUCUCUGGAGAAAGUAGCAGAAUGUGUCACCCUAGUGUCGUUUCAGGAGGGUGUAAGCAAUAUAUAUGAAAGACAGGCCCUGGGAACAAGAGUCUUUGGUUCUUUCUCCUUCUUAGUUUAGCUUAAUUAGUUUGAGAAUUGCAACCAUUUUUGUCAUUUAUAAGUUGAUGGUUGAAUAAGAUUGAUUACAGAAGUGAGAAAGCUCCUCCAGCUUGUCGUUGCAAUGGAAAAAUAGACAUUGUAACUGCUUGUGAUAUGUAAAAGCCUAUCUAGUGAAAUUUUGUUAGCCA